CCUUAUUUUUCUUUUCCAUACCGAGGGACAUCGAACCAAAUUAUGCGGGAAUUUUAUGAUCAAGCAUGAUCAAUCAUUCUCGUGCAGUGUAAACAGGGUGAACCCUGCACCGGAACUCAGCAUUCUUCAAGCUGCUGUGCGCAAAACAUGUGAAGUUGUGAACAGAUAGGAGAGUAGUUGUCGACUCAUCAGGACUCAGACUCGCAAUAUGGUGUGGAUAAUCUGUACUCCAAAAAUAAGCUAGACCCCGUUUCGUAUUUAUCGUGGACGUGGUGGUGGGAGGAACCUCGCGCCCCGCCAGAAUGUAUACCAGUGGACGCGCGCGCCCAACCAGAAGCAGAGCCGCGAAAGCCAGACGCGUCCUGUGAGAAGGAGGCUUCCGUGGCGACGAUGCGGCCGCGCGUUUUUGCUCCCCCGUGCCUGCCGGGCAGUGGCCCGCUGCCUGGCCUGGCGGUCCCGGGGCGCGGCGACCUCUUCCCGGCCGCCGGGGGCAUCGUCGCCAGGAGGGCAGCUCCCGCCCCCGCCGGCCGGGGAGCCGCCGCUCUCGCCGUGGACGGGCCCUCCGCCGCGGCCGCCGUUGCCGCGAUGGACGUCCCACCCCCGCAGAUCACCUGGCAGAUCGUCGUCGGUGCUGUAGCUGGAGUGACGCCCUUCGUCGUCGCAGGCGUCGAGUUCGGCAAGAGAAUUAUUGCACAGAAGAAAUGUGAAGUCUGUGGGGGCUCUGGGCUUGUGAUGAAGAAGGAUUACUAUGUUCGUUGUCAAGGCUGUGGUGGUUUUCUUCCGUGGCAGUCAUGGAGAAGAUUCUUCACAGGCUGAAAAUGGUUAAUCUGAUAUCGUUAUCAACAGUUCAACACCAGGGCUGCAGUUAGAGAUGGACAAGGAUAUAACAUGACCAAGCCAAUAUUGUACUUCACGUGCUUUAGAAUUUUUAGUUGUGUCUAUACCAUCUGUACUACAAAUGGCCAUUAGGUUCCAUCGAGAUGUAUUACAAUAGUACUGCAUAAUCACGAUCAUGGAUCUAUUUUCUACCAUACAUCUGAUGCAACAUAUCUCA